CUUCCUUUACCGCUAUAGAGUGCACGCUUCCGGUGGAUAAAGCGGCAGUGUUAUACAGUUUGGAAUACUUUGAAAUUUUUCUUUAAAGGAUUUGUAGCCUUUAAUUUGUUUGUGUUUUUGUUUAUUGUGCAUAAUGCGUGUAUUUGUGUUAGUGAGCUGCUUGAUUGCGGGCGCUUUGGCGCGUCCUGAGGCGCCGCUUGUAGGUUACACCUACAAUGGAUUACUGCAGAAUCCCGCCUCACUGCAUCAGCAGCUGCCCUCCGAGCAUGCCUUUGGCAACUUCGUCGCACCUCCACCGACCACUUAUGGCACACCGCUCGCCGGUGAGCCCGCAUUGAACAACAUUGAGCAGCCAGCCGAAGCAGCCGGCCCCGAAGAUGUUAAUCAGCAGCAAUACCAGGCGGUUCAACCACUGCCACUCGACCAGCAAGACUCCUACAAUGCUGCCUACCAACAGUCGAGCAUAGCUCAGGAGGGCGGUUACCCUUAUGCACCACAGCCGACCACCGUGCACAAGCAUGUGUACGUGCAUGUGCCACCCAAGGACUUCGAGGAUGAGGAUGUGAUCGAGACACGCGUGCGUCAUGCCCCAGCAGCCAAGCAAAAGCACUACAAAAUCGUUUUCAUUAAGGCGCCAGCACCACCAUCCAUUCGCCCACCAGUUGUGCCACCACCACCACAAAAUGAAGAGAAGACACUCAUCUAUGUGUUGCACAAGAAACCCGAGGCAACCAAGGAUAUUGUUAUACCUACAGCGGCACCAACCAAACCCUCCAAACCGGAAGUUUACUUCAUCAAGUACAAGACUAAGAAAGAUGAAGCUCCCGUCUAUGGACCACCACCACAACAGCAAAAUGAUAACACCAAUGGCAAUGGCAACAACAACUUUAUCGCUGGCGAUAUGGAUCCUCGUCAUGCUGAUUUGCCUGCUGCCGAGUACGACGCUCCUGCAGCUGAUGAGUUCGCUGCUGAUCUCACUGCGCCACUCACUACCAUUCAGCCUGCCUUGGAGUCGGAGCAACCGCAAUCGCACGACCAACAGCCACAGUUCGUAAACGAUUUGCCCGCCGAUGCCUACGGCUUGCCAACUGCAUUGCCCUUCGCUGCCGGCGAGCAGCCACAGCCCACCGUCCAGGCGCCCAGCAAUCAGUACUUGGCUCCGGAACCCAUGGCACCCAUCGUGGUGGAAGAGCCAACACACUUGCCAUCGUCCAGCUAUGGACCACCCAGCAACCGCUUCUUCCUGAAGAAGAAGUAAACGGUGUUGGUUGUUAAACAGUAAGCCGGAGCACCGGAGUGCUCCAACAACUAGUAAAAUUCCACAAACAUAUUUAGCAUAAUAGUCACCAAAAGCAAGAAUGGAGGAAAAUAGAACCCUGUUCAUAAUUUUUCCAUUCACACACACACUCAUACGCGUCAACAUACAGCACAUGUUAAACUUUAAAUGCACUCAACAUACCUACACAUACGCAAAACAUACAUACA